CCACACCUGCUUCGCUAUGCAAGGAAACAUGACGACCCCUCUUUUGCGUUGGAAGAAUCGAUAUAAUAUUCCUGAAAAUGUCUAUAUUGACCUCCGCCAUGCCCUCCGUGAGGAGAUUAGCGUGAAUUCUGGUGCAAUGGAGGCAUUUAUCUCACCAGAGGCCUCAAGUAACCCUUCAGAAAUUCACGCUCGAAUCGCUUACCAACGUCCUGACUUCAUUGAUGCGGCCAGGGACGUAGAGAACAUAUCUUACCAACAACAACCGCUGGAGCCACAGCGGAACAUACAGCGUCAGAUCACGGUGGUCUCACAGGUGCCACACCAGCUGAACCCAGUCUCCAGUUGCUUUCGUUGCAGGCUUACCAAAAGGAAGUGCGACCAGCGUCAGAUAUGCGCCUUGUGCGCUAAAUCGAGUAUCUUUCCCAAUCUUUGCAUUCGAGUGCAAUUCACUGAGAACCCUGUGUUUCAGAAGUGGCAAGAAACUAAAUACGAGUCAAUGCUUGCGUGGGAACAUCUGUCCUUAUGGUCUCCUCCGAUCAAGGCUUACCUUCGACAUUUCGAGAAGGGACCUAUCUUUGGAAUUACUUGUUCACUUUUCCAAUUGACGUCGCUUGAUCCAACAUAUUUGUUUCACAAAACAACCAAGGGUUGGGCUUCAAUACCGACGAGUCCGUACGCACUUUUCGAUCCAGUACAACCAGAACGAUUAGAAAUCUACAUUGAACAAUAUGUCGACUUCUUCCUGGGCGAGAACGGGUCAAACGAAGCCUGGCUUGAUGUGAUCCUAGAACAAGCAAAGUCAUAUCUCCAUGAACCGCUGAUUUACCAGACUCUUAAGCUCUGGUCUGCUCAUCGCCUUCUUAUGAAGGGUUGGGGACUUACUGAACCAAGCCUCGGAAUGCCGCUUUGUCACGACCGAAACUCCAUGCUCUGUGGCACCACGCCUGCUCCACGUGUCCUCCAAAAUCAGCUGGACCGACUGUUAGAACAAUUUUGUGCUUCACAGGAACUGAAAUGUCUAAUUCAACUCCAACGUGCUAUGUUCCAGAGGAAAAGCGCACAGUGGGGUGUUAUAUUCAUAGUGACAAUCCUUCUCUUACACAUCCGGGAAAGGGAUAUUUGGAGACUGCUAUAUUGGGUAUUGACAAACGACAACAAAUAUCAGUGGCGACAUCCUACAAAGGCUACUGAACUUGUUAGCAAAAGCGUGUACGUGAGCAAUAUGCUCCUGGCAUAUUUGCGGCUGGGCAUGAAGGAGGUCCCAGAAGAGUUCGGCUCGGUUAGAACAUUGAUGCCACCGAAUGGACCAGCUAAGGAUCAAUACAAUUGGAUGCAUGAAUCCAGUGUAGAUUUCUCUCUAUGUCGCUCGGCGUUCGAAGAUAACACCAAACCUUUCAUACCAGUGAGCGCUGUCAAUUUCGGUUGCUCGUAACAACUAUUCCAUUCCAAAGAUUUCAAGAACUCUCGUACGUGUCGACAUAUACACUUCUUCAAUUGUGCCACGGCAUUCAAU